GCCAUCCUGCAGCGCCUGGACCACCUGGAGGAGGUAGUCUACAACCAACUGAAUGGCCUCGCCAAGCCCAUCGGUCUGGUGGAGGGGCCGGGUGGCCUGGGCCAGGGUGGCAUGGCAGCCACGCUGCAUGAGGACAGCCAGGAGACGGAGAGCAAGUACGAGGAAUUUGGGUACAACGCACAGCUCAGCGACCGCAUCUCCCUGGACAGGACCAUCCCCGACUACAGGCCCAAAAAGUGCAGACAGAUGACCUACUCGGACGACCUGCCCCAGAUCUCCGUGGUGUUCAUCUUUGUCAACGAAGCCCUCUCGGUCAUCCUGCGCUCCGUCCACAGCGUGGUCAACCACACGCCCUCCCAGCUCCUCAAGGAGGUCAUCCUGGUGGACGACAACAGCGAUAAUGUGGAACUCAAGCUCAACCUGGACCAGUACGUCAGCAAGAGGUACCCGGGCCUCGUGAAGAUCGUCCGCAACAGCAGGCGGGAAGGCCUGAUCCGGGCGCGGCUGCAGGGCUGGAAGGUUGCAGCGGCCCCUGUUGUCGGCUUCUUCGACGCCCACGUGGAGUUCAGCACGGGCUGGGCCGAGCCCGCCCUCACACGGAUCCGGGAGGACCGCCGGCGCAUCGUCCUGCCCGCCAUCGACAACAUUAAGUACGACACGUUCGAGGUGCAGCAGUAUGCCAGCGCCGCCCACGGCUACAACUGGGGCCUCUGGUGCAUGUACAUCAUCCCGCCCCAGGACUGGCUGGACCGCGGCGACGAGGCGGCGCCCAUCAGGACCCCGGCCAUGAUCGGCUGCUCCUUCGUGGUGGACCGGGAGUACUUCGGGGACAUCGGCCUGCUGGACCCGGGCAUGGAGGUGUACGGCGGGGAGAAUAUUGAGCUGGGCAUGAGGGUGUGGCAGUGCGGCGGCAGCAUGGAGGUGCUGCCCUGCUCCCGCGUGGCCCACAUCGAGCGCACCAAGAAGCCCUACAACAAUGACAUCGACUACUACGCCAAGCGCAACGCCCUGCGGGCCGCCGAGGUGUGGAUGGACGGCUUCAAGUCCCACGUGUACAUGGCCUGGAACAUCCCCAUGACCAACCCGGGGGUGGACUUCGGGGACGUGUCUGAGCGGCUGGCCCUGCGCCAGAGGCUGAAAUGCCGAAGCUUCAAGUGGUACCUGGACAACGUGUACCCAGAGAUGAGGACCUACAACGACACGCUGACGUACGGAGAGGUGAGAAACAGCAAAGCCAGCGGCUACUGCUUGGACCAGGGGGCGGAAGAUGACGACCGGGCCAUCCUGUACCCCUGCCACGGGAUGUCCUCCCAGCUGGUGCGGUACAGCGCCGAAGGCCUCCUGCAGCUGGGCCCCCUGGGCUCCACCGCCUUCCUGCCGGACUCCAAGUGCCUGGUGGAUGACGGCAGGGGCCGCACGCCCGCCCUGAAGAAGUGUGAGGACGUGGCCCGGCCGGCGCAGCGGCUGUGGGACUUCACCCAGGGUGGCCCCAUUGUGAGCAGAGACACGGGCCGGUGCCUGGAGGUGGAGAUGUCCAAGGAUGCCAACUUCGGGCUGCGGCUGGUGGUGCAGAGGUGCUCGGGGCAGAAGUGGACGAUCAGAAACUGGAUCAAGCCGGGUCGGCACUGACCCCCGGGCUCGCCCCACGCCCCUGCCCCAGUGCAUACCCUGAGGCCCUCCUGCUCAGCCACUGCUGGAACCCAGAGAGCCCUGGCCCUGCCGCCUCCAGCCGAGACCUCUCCCAGCUGCCAUCGGGGCCUUCCUUCGCUCCGGAGGCAGUGGCUGCUGGGACCAGCCAGCCCCUCCAGGAGCGCAGACGCCCCCAGCGCAGCUCUGCCUGAGCACAGCGGCUGACAGCCAACUCCAGCUCCAGAUCACGUGCCUUGUCUAUGGUAUUCCUGUCCAGCCGCCCGCCAGCCACCUCUUCUGCAUGUGCUGAAGCCCCCGUCCAUCCCCCAGGCAGAAACAGCCCCCCAUGAACUCUGAGGCCGCCCAAGCUCUCCCACCCUGGGCGGGGCUGCCCAGUGACCACCUCCAUCUACACACAGCAGGGCGCGGCCUCUCCCUGGCUGGUGACGGGAGACAGGGCUACAGCAGCUGCAGUGGUCCCCAAAGACACCCCCUGGGCAGCGCUUCAGUGGGGAGACUAACGUGACUCUGCCAGUCCAAUAAAGGGCGGGUUAAAUGAGACAGACUGAUGCUUCGUCCACAGGAGCCGGAGCUGGUCCACCGUCCAGGGCCAGGAGCCUUCUCGUGUUGCUCUGAGGCAGGGGUCAGCGAACGUUGACCCACGGCCCCUUGCCUAUUUUUAUAAAUAAAGUUUUAUU